UAAAGACUGUGUCUCAAAAAUCUGUUGAUGUUUUCAUUCCUUCUGAUUUUUAUAAUUUACGCUUCUUGAAUCCGAACACAAAUGGAUAUUACACAUCGUUGGCAAGCACCAGUCAAAUACAAAAUUCUGUUGCAAUUAGAAACUCCAACCAAAAGCUUGGUUAUAACACUGUUGAAUCGUCAUCCUAUAUUCAAAAUGUCGAACAAGAUUGUCGAAAUUCUCAAAGGAGAAAAAUUGUGAGUUUUGAGAUUGAUCAUAGAGAUGAUGACAACUCUUUCGAACAAGAGCUAUCUCUUGCUUCUAAUGCUUCUCAAAUGCUUCUUAUUUUGAAUGAUGAAGAUGAUAUCUCAGCAUUUGAUCAGCAAACUGCUCAUAUUGGGACCAGUUUUGUUGGAGAUAAUUCAACUUCUACGCAUUUUGAUUCAAAUCAAUAUAAUAUUCCUCUAAAUUUAGGUGGGCCAAGAUAUGUGUAUUGUUUUUGCGGUGCACAGAUGUGGUAUGAAGAAAGAAAAAAUAAGUCAAGGAAUGAGCGGAAUCCGAGAUUUACCAUGUGUUGUAUGGAAGGCAAAGUGUCUUUGCCACCUUUCAAGCAAACACCUUCAUUAUUGGCUACAUUGCUCAAUUACAAAGGUGGUCGAACUGCUUAUAAAUUUAGACACAACAUACGAAUUUACAAUUCGAUGUUUCAGUUCACAUCUAUAGGUGGUAAAAUAGACAGUGAAAUUAAUAGAAGGCCAGGACAUAUGUCUUUCAGAUCAAUGGGCAAAAUCAUCACAAGAUAGGUUCUUUGUUACCUGUUGAUGGUGAAAGACCGAAGUUUGCGCAAUUAUAUAUUUAUGAUACUGAGAAUGAAGUGUCUAAUAGAAUUAAUGCAUUGGGAUAUGAUGUUCAACAAUCUGGUGUCGAAGAGAAUAUUGUGAAGGAAUUAAUGGAAAUGCUUGACCAAACUAAUCAAAUUGUCAAAGCUUUUCGAAUGGCCAAGGAACUGUUUAAAGAACCUGAUUACAUACCAGUUAAAUUGAGAUUGAUUGGUGCACGAAUGAAUGAUGGUCAGCAAUAUACAAAUGUUAUCUCUUCAGAAGUUGCUGUACUUAUUGUGGGAGAUGUAGAUCAAUUGAUUGACAAGCGUGACAUCAUCAUUGAACAUAGAUCUAAUGGUUUGCGAAGGAUAAGUGAUUUGCAUCCAGCAUUUAUGCCUAUGCAAUAUCCGCUGUUAUUUCCUUACGGAGAAGAUGGCUUUCAUCUUAAUAUUCCAUACCAAAAGUGGAAUCACACAACCAAAACGAAGCGAGGGACUGCGACUGCAAGAGAGUUUUAUGUUUACAUACUUCAAUUUCGCUUGAAUCAAGGUUUCACAUUGUUCUUGGGUGGAAAACUUUUUCACCAAUAUAUAACUGAUGCAUUUACAAGCGUUGAAGGAAUGAGAUUGGAUUAUAAUUUGAGGAAUCAAAAGAAGUUUAGAACUAAAAUUUUUCAGGGAGUAGUCGAUGCUUUCACAAGAGGUGAUACAAAUGGAAACAUGAUUGGGAAAUGAAUAAUUUUGCCAGCAAGCUUUACUGGAGGGCCACGUUAUUACAUGCAAAAUUAUCAGGAUGCCAUGGCAAUAUGUACAUAUUAUGGAUACCCGGAUCUCUUUAUCACCUUUACAUGUAAUAGUAGAUGGCCAGAAAUAAUUGCAGCAUUGAAGUUCAUUGACGGACAACGAGUGGAAGAUAGACCAGAUAUUGUUUGUCGGGUUUUCAAGAUUAGACUUCGAUGUUUCAUCAAAGAGUUGGUAGAUGAUCAACAUUUUGGAAAAGUCCGAGCAGUAAUCUACACGAUAGAAUUUCAGAAGAGAGGGCUUCCUCAUGCACAUAUAUUACUGUGGUUACAUCUUGAUAAUAGGUGUCUCAGUCCGAAAGAUAUUGAUUGCAUUAUUUCUGCUGAAAUACCUGAUUCGAACAUUGAUCCUUCGAGCUAUAAGGCUUUCAUAGACUUUAUGGUGCACGGACCAUGUGGAACAAUGAAGCCAAACGCUAUAUGCAUGAUCAAAAACCAGUGCAGCAAACAUUAUCCGAUAAAGUUCCAACCUCGAACACUUUUACCAGAAGAUGGAGUUCCACUUUAUAGAAGAAGAAAUCAAUCAAAAGCUAUUCUGUUGGAUGUCAAAUCUGGAUUCGAAAUUGAUAAUCGGUACAUUGUUCCUCACAAUCGGAAUUUGUUGGUCAAAUACCAAUCCCACAUCAAUGUUGAAAUCUGUAAUAAAGCAAGAUCCAUCAAAUACCUUUUCAAAUAUCUAAGCAAGGGUCCUGACAAAAUUAGAGUUGCUAUCGAACAAAGUGCCACAGCAAAUGCAUCCAAUAUUCACAUGACUUUUACAGCAGUUGAUGAAAUUAAAAACUACUUAGAUUGUAGAUAUGUUUCGGCACAUGAAGCAUGCUGGAGGUUGUUUAGUUUUGAAUUGCAUUAUAGAGAUCCAUCAGUGGAACGUUUGCCCAUUCAUUUUCCUAAUCAACAGAGGGUAUCUUUUUGUGAUAAUGAUUGCCUAUUACGUGUUCUUUCUAGACCUGGAAUUCGUGUACAAAAUUCACAAAAUGGAUGGAAGCUAAUGCACUACAUGAAGAUGCACGAUGUACCAUCUGAUUUCAAAGAUUUACGUACAGUUGAUGGAAUCUUAUAUGAAUCAUUUCAAGCUGCCUGUAAUGCAUUGGGUUUGUUGGGUGAUGAUAAAGAAUGGGAUGAUGCUUUGGCACAAGCAUCUCAGUGGGCUAUGCCUUAUCAAUUGAGGCAACUUUUCACAACAAUAAUAUACCAUGCUGUUUUGCAAUCUGUUGCUCAUGAUGAAGGAACUUUUUUUUUCGUGUAUGGUCAUGGUGGUACAGGAAAAACUUUUCUUUGGAAAACCAUCAUAUGUGCCCUCAAAGGAAUUGGUCAAGUUGUUUUAACUGUUACUUCAUCUGGCAUAGCUUCUUUAUUACUUCCUCGAGGUAGAACUGCUCAUUCAAAAUUCAAGAUACCUAUUGAUGUUGAUGAUCUGUCUACUUGUGAAAUAAAAAAAGGAACACAAUUAGCAAGAUUGCUUCAAAAAACUGCUCUUAUUCUUUGGGAUGAAGCACCAAUGAUACAUAGGAAUUGUUUGGAAGCAUUGCAUAGAAGUCUCCAAGAUAUUAUGCUUGAUGAUACCCGACAUGAAAACAACAAAACCUUUGGCAAAAAAACAGUCUUCCUCGGAGGUGAUUUCGGACAAAUUUUGCCUGUCAUUCCAUCUGGAUCUAAGCAUGAUGUGAUCAAUGCUUCGAUAUGUAAAUCUCCUCUAUGGGAACAUUGCAAAAUCUUUACUCUACAAACAAACAUGAGAUUAUUGAGUCGAUCGCUUGAUCAAACUGCAACUGGUGAAAUCGAAGACUUUGCUACAUGGAUUUUGUAUGUUGGUGAUGGUUGUGCACAAGGAAUUGGUCCUAAUGUUGAUGACGAUACAACAAUCAUCAAAAUUCCAAAUGAUUUGUUGGUUAGUCCAGGAAAUAAUCCAAUUCAAACGAUAUGUUCUACUAUCUAUCCUGACUUUGCUAAAAAAAUUACAGAUAUAUCAUAUUUGCAACAUACGGCGAUAGUAACUCCGUACAAUGAUACAAUCACCCUCAUCAACGAGUUCAUGUUUUCCGAACUGCCUGGUGAUAUCAAAACUUAUUUGAGCUGUGACACAAUUUCAAAGAGUUCGUUGAGCACCAGAGAUGAAGAUUUUUUGUAUCCUAUUGAGUUUCUCAAUUCUCUAUCUUUUAAUGGGAUUCGAACCAUAAACUUCAACUAA